UUCUGAGGUGAAAAGUCACAGCGGUGACAGUGCAGGGCAAACACCGGGAGGUCAACCUUUUUCAGUCUCUAGUGAGCUGUUAGCUUUCAUGACCUGGGAAAUUCUUAACCUAUCACCCGAGCCAGGUCCCGCCUUCCCCAGCACUUCCCCUCCUCAAGGCUGGAGCAGGAGGGACACUACCAGUACGACGCGCGGGGCACUCUGGGAGCGGAAGAAGGAGUCGCGCGGCGGCGGCUCAGCCGGAAGAGGAGGAGCCAGGCCUGGAUAGCCGAGAGUUACUGCCGCUCCGGCUGCCGGUGUUUGCGGGUCGCGGGGCGCAGGGCCUGGUGGGCGGGGUGUGUCGCGAUGCUGGAGCUGGCGGUGCAGAAGGUGGUGGUCCACCCCCUGGUGCUGCUCAGUGUGGUGGAUCAUUUCAAUCGAAUAGGCAAGGUUGGAAACCAAAAACGUGUUGUUGGUGUGCUUUUGGGGUCGUGGCAAAAGAAAGUACUCGAUGUAUCCAACAGUUUUGCAGUUCCUUUUGAUGAAGACGACAAAGAUGAUUCUGUCUGGUUUUUAGACCAUGAUUACUUGGAAAACAUGUAUGGAAUGUUUAAGAAGGUCAACGCCAGAGAAAGAAUAGUUGGGUGGUACCACACAGGCCCUAAACUACACAAGAAUGACAUCGCCAUCAAUGAACUCAUGAAAAGAUACUGCCCUAACUCAGUAUUGGUCAUCAUUGAUGUGAAGCCAAAGGACCUGGGACUGCCCACAGAAGCAUAUAUUUCGGUGGAAGAAGUUCAUGAUGUAAGUCAUCUUGUUAUGAGCCUAUUUAGAAUUGCUACUUUUAGGGCCAUUGGGUUUUUCCCCCAUUUCAAGUCAACAAAUACUUUAAGGACACUGAUGGAUACCUUUUCUUUGCUCUUUCUUGUGGGUUCCUACAGAGACAUCAAAGACACUACAGUGGGCACUCUCUCCCAGCGGAUCACAAACCAGGUCCAUGGUCUGAAGGGACUCAACUCCAAGCUCCUAGACAUCAGGGGCUACCUGGAGAAGGUGGCCACUGGCAAGCUGCCCAUCAACCACCAGAUCAUCUACCAGCUGCAGGAUGUCUUCAACCUGCUGCCAGAUGUCAGCCUGCAGGAAUUUGUCAAGGCCUUUUACCUGAAGACCAACGAUCAGAUGGUGGUGGUAUAUUUGGCCUCACUGAUCCGUUCUGUGGUCGCCUUGCACAACCUCAUCAACAACAAGAUUGCCAACCGGGACGCAGAAAAGAAAGAAGGGCAAGAAAAGGAAGACAGCAAAAAGGAUAGAAAAGAUGACAAAGAGAAAGAGAAGGAAAAGAGUGAUGUAAAGAAAGAAGAGAAAAAGGAGAAAAAAUAAAACAUGUAGCUUUUUAAUUUGUAAAUUAAAAUCUUGUAAACUAACUCAUUGUGCCGCCAGAGGGUUCUUUAAAGUGCUUGUUAAAAAGCUGUAUUGAUGAGAGCUCUCUGGAUAGAGGGACUGAUCUCGAACCUAAACUGCAGCUUCAGCUACUGUGCGUUGGGGAGGUGAUAGCUCAGGUUUCAGACUGUGUGAGAAAAGUGAAGAGAAGUAAGCGUACUCCCCCUACUUUUAUCUGUGAGACCAGGAGUUGAAUUUUUCCCGUCUCAAGAGACUCUUGGGGUCUGUUUCUGGCAGUCUACAAAAUUGCAGAAUGGAAUGCAUGAAUUCCAUAAGUGCUCUGCCUUGGAACACUUUGAGGUCUGACCCUCAGGACUCUGAGAAUACUGCCCCGCGGGACUUCUCAGACCCGUAGCUCUGGCAUUCUCGGGGCUUGGGAUCAAGAUAUUGUUUACCUUCAAAGAAACAAUUAAAUGGCUUGGUUUUUAA